AAGAACCUUAUUUGGUGUGAAAAAAUUGGGUUUUCGAAUGAAUGGAACUACUUAAAGGGGUUCCCGGUUUGAAUGAGAGUUCUAGGAGCAACACUCUCUUUGGGGGAGUGACCUUCACAACAACGGAUCUAUCCUCGAAAGAAAAGGCACAGGUUGCCAGCGUGGUGGCCGUGAUGGGUGGAAAUGUUAAGAAUGAUCUUACAGCAGAUACCAAUGUUUUAAUAGUUGGUAAUAUAAAUACGGCGAAAUCAAAGUAUUGCCUAAAAAACCGGACAGAUGUCACUUUACUUUAUCCUGAUGAUUUGUUUGAUAUAUACAAACGUUUCCAGCACAGCAAGAGCAGUGGUCCCAAGCUUACAAUUCAAGUUCUGGAUGACUAUCCAUGGCCUAUUUUUAACUCUUGCUUAUUCUGCUUGUCCCGUUUGCGUGAGGUCGGUAAUCCAUGUUAUGCAAAAAAUUACAUCACGAAACUAAUCGACCAUUUUGGCGGAAAAUCAAUCGCUUCUUUGACUCCCAAAGUAACUUAUCUAAUCACUGAUAAACGAGAAGGUAAACGAUAUGAAAGUGCACUUGACUGGAAAAUUAAUGCCAUCCACCCGAAAUGGAUUAUUGACUGUUGUAACUGCCAAAGAAUUUUAGACCCUUCCUUGUAUGACAUAUCAAAGAUUCACAAUCCAGCAGCAAUUGGAAAGAACUCGCACAAAAAGUACAGAAAGGUUGUUGAUUAUGCAUCUGUAGAGCACAACCCAAUUUAUGGGUCACUUGAAAUGGGAAACGCUCUAAUAGAACGGUCAAACGAAAUCACUAAAAGUAGCUCAAUUGAAGAUUGCAAAGGUCUCUUUAAAGGGUUGAUCUUUUCUUGUUUUGGUUUCACUGCUUCUCAUGCAACCAAGCUAUCUGCUGUUUUGAAAAAUAACGGUGCAGAAAUACAAGAAGAAUAUGAUCUGAGUGUUACACACGUAAUAAUACCGUCCAGCUUUACCUUCGAUGAAGUCCCCCCAAAGGUUUUGGCAUUACAAAGCAUUUCGGACUCAAAAGUGGUCAAUGAAUGGUUCAUUGAACGAUGUUUACAUUAUGAGAGACUAUGUAACGAUUCAUGGUCAAUCCCUGCAAGGAAGUUGCGGUUAGAUUACAAGUUGAAAAUACACAUCACCGGGUUCGCUGAAAUGGAGCAUUUACAUAUUUCAAAAUUAAUCAAGAACUUAAACUUGACGCUGCAGACUAAAUUAACAGAUGAAUGCGAUUUUUUAGUGGCUAACCUUUCUUCAUUGGGUUUAAGCAAUGUUAACUCCCCUCAAUUAUUUACUUACAGAUUCCAUGACAUUCUAAAUUCUAGAACUGAUAUGAAAACGGCAUCUGUGAGCUUAACGAAAAAGAAAAUCAAUUCUGCAAAAAAAUGGAAUAUUCCAGUGGUGAGCUUAGCUUUUAUUUGGGAGCUGGCACAAACGGGAGUGCUUCCUCACGUUCUUGACACACAGUGGUGUAUAUUUGCACCUCGGAGCUUAAGACCUGCUGGUAACUUUCUUGAAUAUGCAAGGUCCGUCUCGGGAGGACUUUUCCACAAAGCAGAGGAACCUGUAAAUGACGAAGCCGAUCAAUCAGGGAGAUACAGCUUUGAUUUGAAUAAUAGCGAUGUUGAUGAUGUUGAUGAUGAUGAUAAGAACAAUAAUUCUGAUAGGCGCAUAUACUUAGGCACAGAAGGCUCCCCUACAAAACUGCCCGUGCAACUGCCAUCACCACGAAAAAAUACUGCUAAGAAAUGGCCUAAACUGAUUGGUACAGCGUCUGAGUCCCAGUUGAAAUCUGCAGCCGCCGCCGCUGCCGCCGCUGCAGAUAUUGAUGACGAGGAGGACGAAAACUACAACUUCAAAGGUAAAAGACGAUUGGUGUUUGCAACUGACCAAGGAAACAACGCAAAUGAUCCACAAAGCUAUGUCGAGUUUGAAGAUGAUUUUGGACUAGAGGAUAUACCAAUGUUUAAAAAGAGGAAAAAAUAGUCUUUCGGUAUAAGCUCUAUAUGUAUUUGACUGUAGAUAGAGGACAUUAAGAAUAAAAAUUAUGAACUAACUAUUUGAUACAAAUCAUCUCAAUAGCAGUUCUAUUGAAGGUAUCCAAGCCAUCUGACAUAGAAGUUGUAUUCUUUUUUGGCAUGAGAAACAUGAUACUAAAUCUUCACAGGGGCCUCACUGAUUUCCAGGUCCCAAAAGACCAUGUUUUUCCAAGUAUUCUAUAGAUGUAUCGA